CGUGAAAUCAGGAAUACCGAAUACAUUGUGUUCAAACUGUUGGGUUUUAAUAUUAAAUCGUCGGAAUUAUAUUCGGUGGCCAUAGACUUGGCAACGCAAAUCACAAAUCGAAAUCACGAACUCGCCAUUCGUUUCGACAAGCUUCAUGACAGCUGUGUUCAAAUGCUCCGUUUCAUUUAUCUGUAUCGCAAGAAAUUCAAUGAAAUUUUUCAUUAUGUGGAACAAAGUACAUACGGAUACAAUGGGAACGAAGAGUUUAAAUUGGGUGCAGCCACUGUGUAUGCAUCAACGAUGCUCAUCAAUUCAACGUGCGGAAAUAGUGUUCUCAACGAAAUUGUCAAUCGAACGUACUUGAACGAGUCACUUAUACGAAAACUUGGCCAAUCCGUGCUUGAUUUCUACCUCGAAUGCAUCCGAUGUUGAAAUUUCUGUUUAAAAUUCGCCGUGUGAUUCAUAACUAGUGAUGAUAUUAUUAUUUUUCUGUAGGGUUUAAGGAAUGUAUUGAUGAAUAAAUACGCUACGAAUAUCGAAGAAAAUGCAAUUUUAAAAAGUUCGCUGUUUUUCUGCUUUACAUAUACAAGUUCAUGGUUGCCAACCUAAAACGUGCAUGCGUUGAAAAACGAUUGUUCAUUUCUCGGUUUCGUUUGUGAGUGUUCAUCCGACGACAUUUAUGUGUGUGUGUGUGUGUGUGUGUUUGCGCGCUGUAACGAUAGCCGAGCAGCUGUGCUACGCGACAGUAUUGGUGCGCCGAUGUGUGAAUGUAUGUUUCUGUUUUCUCGCCACAGACCGAUUUCCAUCUCACAUAUUAUAUACACAUCGCGAAUAUGUCGGUUUUCUCUGUGUGUAGUUUUCUUCAUACAGACAUUUAUUUAUCCAUUUCAUUCAUUCAUUCGAUAGCACAGUUCAUUUCAUCGCGUUUGUGAAAACUGUUUGUUCAUACCAUUUGCCAGUAUUCUUUAUCCCGAUUUUUCAUUUCCUCAUCAACACGAAUUUGAAUAAAAUUAAAACUAAAUCAGUGAAUUUAAAAAGUUCUAAUAAAAAAAAAGAGGAAAUAUUUUUCGUUGAAUCAAAACCAUUCGGAAUAUUCACAUCGAAAAAAGACUAUAAAGAACGCAUUGAUUUUACAGUGAUUCAUCGAAUACGUUCGUAGUUGUUCUCUCAUUUUAUUCCGUUGUUGUUUUUUUCGCGUGUAUUUUCCAUGACGUCACCCAAUCAUUUCGGAUAAUUCUGAAAACCAUUUUUUUUUACUGUCGCAUUUAUAAAGAGCAAUAACACGAACAAAAGGUCUGUGCUUUGAGGCAAAAAUAAAAACUUGUGUCGUGCUAAGAAUCACACCAACAACGAAAAAAAAUUGCUUUAAGUCAAUUAGUUGCGCACGUGGGAGUAUUGAAAAUAGCGACAUGUACGAGACAUCAACAACCUACGAGAGUAGCGUACCAACAACACCAACGUCAACAAUUCCAGAUGGAUUGAAUCGCAAGUAUUAUCGCAAGGCCGCACACAGAAUUUUCGUCAAUCGGUCAUUGCACAUGGAAAACAUUAAAUUCUUUGGGUUCGACAUGGACUACACUUUGGCUGAAUACAAAUCACCGCAAUUGGAAACACUGGGAUUUGAUUUGGUCAAGGAUCGGCUCGUGCACAUGGGUUACCCAAAAGAAAUCAUGCAAUUUGAAUAUGAUCCAUCGUUUCCGGUACGUGGUUUAUGGUUCGACACUGUAUAUGGAAAUCUACUGAAAGUUGAUGCUUACGGUAAUAUUUUGGUUUGCGUUCAUGGAUUCGAAUUUUUGAAACAUUCGCAAGUUUAUGAACUGUAUCCAAAUAAGUUUUUGAAACUGGAUGAAUCUCGUGUUUAUGUGCUAAACACAUUAUUUAACCUACCGGAAACUUAUAUGUUGGCCUGUUUGAUAGACUUUUUCACCAACUCACCUGAAUAUACACGAGAAAAACAAGGUGUACGUGCUGGCGAUUUGUUCAUGUCAUUUAAAUCGAUUUUUCAAGAUGUGCGCAGCGCUAUGGAUUAUAUCCAUUUGCAUGGGGAUUUGCAGGAUGCAACCGUUGCGAACUUGGAUAAAUACGUGAGAAAGGAUCCACGUCUUCCAAUGGUUCUUUCACGUAUUCGUGAAUCGGGUGCAAAAUGUUUCUUGUUGACCAACAGUGCAUUUAAUUUCACCAAUCGAAUUAUGACGUAUUUGUUUGAUUUUCCACACGGCGCCAAACCAGAAGAACCACAUCGCGCAUGGACGACCUAUUUCGAUAUAAUUGUGGUUGACGCUAAGAAACCGUUAUUCUUCGGCGAAGGAACAAUUUUGCGACAAGUCGAUACAAUGACAGGGGCAUUGAAGGUCGGUACACCCACGGGUGGAUUCAAAGCGGGCCAGGUGUACAGUGGCGGUUCAUGUGAUGUUUUCACCUCAUUGCUUGGUGCUAAAGGCAAAGAUGUGCUGUAUGUGGGUGAUCACAUCUUUGGUGACAUUCUGAAGAGUAAAAAAAUUCGGGGCUGGCGCACGUUCCUCAUUGUACCCGAACUCACACAGGAGCUACAUGUUUGGGUAGACAAAUGUCAAUUUUUCGCUGAACUCCAGAAUUUGGACGUCAUUCUAGGCGAUAUGUACAAGAAUUUAGAUUCAAGUACCUAUGAAAAGCCAGACAUCUCAAAGGUUCGGGCUUCUAUCCGCGACGUAACGCACAAAAUGGACUUGUCAUAUGGAAUGAUGGGCUCACUCUUUCGGUCUGGCUCACGUCAAACAUUCUUCUCCAGUCAGGUGGUUAGAUACGCCGAUUUGUAUGCAGCAACGUUCUUGAAUCUAAUGUACUACCCAUUUUCGUACAUGUUCCGUGCACCGGCCAUGUUAUUGCCGCACGAAUCAACUGUUGCCCACGAGCAACGAUUCAUCAUGGACGAACCAAUGAUUUCACGAUCUCGUCUACGUCAAGAGCCAACGAUUGAUGAAAGCACGGUUAACGAUGAAAUCUCACAAAUUACCCAAGAGGAUCUGGCAAAAUUACGGCUUAACGAUAAGGGUUCAGUGCCACAUACCAGGCCAGUAACACCACGAUCUGUAACCCACAACCACGAUGAAGACUAUUCGGACGAAGAGAGUGAUCCGAAUGCCAAGAGUGACGAAGAUCGAUUCAACCACUCGAGCUCCGACGAGAAAUGAAACAAUCAGCUGUACGAAUAUUUAAACACCAUGCAAAAGGACAAUAGUUUUUGUAGACGAUGUUGAUCAAUAUAUAAUCGAAACACCAAAGACAGUUACAAUUCCGUUAAAGCACUUAAUAGCCAACCAAUUGUUGCUUUUAGACUGUUUCUUUCUUUUUCUUCUACAUUAGCUAUAAACAAACACACACGCAUAUACUUCUCGUUGUGAUUUGCUUGACGAACAACAAUAACAACAGAAAAAUCAAUUAAAAUGUUUGAAAUCGAUUUAUAUUGUAGAAACUCGUUGACAUUUUUUCGCAUAAGGCUAUUUAACAAAAAUAAAUAUAUAUGAAAAAAACAAUAAGAAUGGUACAAAAUCAACGACGCGCGAACUCAAUCUAUUUGUAACUAUAGCAAUUGUUGCAUUGUUGCUUAAAUUCACUUGACUUCUUUUCUGUUACGUUGUAUUUUUUACUUUUUAUAAACUGACAAAUGUGCAGAGUUUUUUUUCCGUAGAAAUAUAAAUUGAUGAAAGAGAAAAAACAAAUAAAAA